AUGUCGCACGCACUUUUGCUGCGGCUAUUCCUCAGCCCAUACUUCUCCACCUCGGUCGCGCUCCACUACCUCAAAACAUACCCCGACAACAUCGGCAUCAGCCACUACCUGUGCUGGCGCAUGAAGUCGAUGCCCUACGAGGAAGUCGAGUUCUACUGGCCCCAAAUAUGUCACCUCCUCAUCACGCGCCCGACAGAGUCCAAUGCGCUCGAAAGUUUCGUCCUCCUGCGCGCGGAGGAGAGCCCCCACGCCGCCAUGCUGACCUUCUGGUUCAUGCAGAGCGCACUCCGCGAUCUCACGCCGACGCGGACCACCAACCCCCGCCCGUUUCUCAUCUGCCAGCGCGUCCUGCACCGCUGCCACGAGAUCCUCUUCGGCGACCCACCCGAGCCCAGCCGCAGCCCAUACCGAUCACUUCCGUCGAGCCCGAACCUGUCGAGUUCUGCGGCCCUCCUCCAAGCACACCCCGCCGACAGCACGUCUCCGCCCGUGAGGGUGAACCCACACGCUGCUGCCGCGCUCGUCGGCAUGGGAGUCAUGCUCGCGGGCGCAGGCAUGCCGGGACUCACGUCGCUCGCCGGCGAGUGGGCCGUGAUACAGGGCCGACGGCCGAUGGAUGAUGCACAGGCGUCGCGCGCAAGAGUCGAGGUCGAGCAGGGAGGGGGAGCGGACGCUCCCCGCGACGGGCGGUGGGAGCGCAAGCCUGCACCCGAGAGUGAGUCGGACGACGACAACUCGACGGCGCCCGCGUCUGCGUCCAGCUCGCGCCCACCAGCACGGAGACAGACGCUGCCACCACAGCUGCGGACCUCGGGAGUCGGCACACCACCACGGGAGAGGGAGAGGGGACACACCCCGCCAAACGGGCGGGCGUAUCAUCCUUCCGCGACGUCGCCGGCGCUCGUCAAGCACACGGCGCACGACUCGCUCCCUGCCAUGCCGUCAUUGAUGGACGACAACCGCGGGCGCGACCCGUUCUCGCAGAGCUCCGCAACCCCAGACCUCUUCCCGCCUACAAAGUCACGCGUCAACCUCAUUCCCUUGCAUCAAGCGUACCACUCUGUCCCCGAGCUGUCGCGCAGCUCCCCCACUCCGCGAGGGUACGGGGCGCGGACGCCGUCAGGCGAGUCCCUGCUGCAGCAAUACUCGCUCGACGCACAGAGCAAGCUCCUGCGCUCGCACUACAGCCGCAGCGAGAUCCGCUUCCUCCUGCACCUCGAGGACAUCAGCAACCGGCUGCUGGUCAUCCCGAAGCCUGCGCGUAUCUCGGCGCUGCGAGCCGAGCUUACGAGCUUGAACCACAACCUCCCCGCCGAGGUGUGCAUGCCGCUGUGGUGCAACGCGGACCACUGCCGCAAAGACACGGCAAUGCUCAACCGCGUCGUGGGCGGGCCGCGGCGCAAGAAGGCGCAUUCGCGCGUCGUGCGCAUCUCGCCCGGCGACUCGGUCGUCCUCAACUCGGCCGAGCGCGCCCCCUAUCUCCUGCAUGUGGAGAUCCUCGAAGACGACCUCGACUUCGACCCGACGCGGCGAGAGAACCGCGAGCUCCUCAAGAAGAUCGUCAUGCAGGAAGACAUGAAUCGGCGGAAGCGCGAGGGCGCGCUCGACGGGAGCUUUACGCCGACGAUCAACGAGAGCUUCGCGACGUCGCCGAUGAGCGUGCCCCCGCUCCAAAGCGAUGAUAUGGAGCUGAAUGAGGAGGACGAGAAGUCAGGGAGCGCGUCGCCCGUCAAGGAGCCGCCAGAAGCGGACCUCGAGGAGAUGGACCUCGUCGAGCAGCUGUACGGCAACAAGCUCAGCGUGCGCGAUAACCUGCCGGACCUCACGGACGCGCUGCCCCUGCCGAGCGCACCGAAGAACAAGCAGCUCGACCUUGAGGUGUGGAACGCGGGCGAGGGUUUCGGAUCGCGACGAUCGUCGCUCGGCGCCUCGCCCAUUAGCCGAUCACGCACGCCAAUCGGCGGAGACGGCGAGCUCGAGGUCCCGAGUCCCACACUGCGACCGGGAACGCCGGGAGAGGUCGACGACCCGCAACCAUCGCCAAAACGCGUCAUCACGCUCGAGGACUAUGCGGAGCGCAUGCGCACAGCGGCAGUCAUGCUCGCGCAGCUGAACGCGAGCGUGCAGCCGCCGACGCCGGAGAACGCACACGGCAGCGGCCCGCUGCGCUGGAUUCCGGGGACGGGCUGGAUCACGGGCGCGUCGAAGGACGCGGCGGCGGACUCGGCCGCGGGCGCGAGCGGCGCGGGCGGCAAGCUGCGACUGGCCGCGGCGCAGGCGGCGGCAAUCCGCGAGCGCAUAAUGGAGGAGAUGAUGGCGCUGGAGGAGGAGCGCGUGGCGCGCAUGACGACACUUCCCGAGGGCGUGGAGGUGACGCCGGCGCGCGUCCUGGUGGAGGGCAAGACGGCGGAGGACGAGGGCAUCGUGCGGCGCGAGAUCAACAAGGCGGACCCGUCGGCCGCGAUCUUCAAGGAGAGCUGGACGGCGAAGAAGAGCCGCAUCCGCGCCGCGUCGCCGUGGGGCCACCUCGCGAACUGGGACGUCAUCAGUGUCAUUGUGAAGACGGGUGCGGAUCUGCGGCAGGAGCAGCUGGCGACGCAGCUCAUCGAGCGCUUCGUGCGGAUCUGGAAGGAGGAGAAGAGCGACUGCUGGGCCCGCUUCUUCCGUAUCCUCAUCACGGGCGAGACGUCGGGUCUCGUCGAGACCAUUACGGACGCAGUCAGCGUCCACUCGAUCAAGAAGAGCGAGUAUGCGCGCCGCCUCGCCGAGGGCGAGGCCAUCGGGCACGUCAGCCUCAUGGACCACUACGUGAAUACAUACGGCAAGCCGGACAGCGGCCAGUUCGCGCGCGCGCGCCGCAACUUCAUCAAGUCGCUUGCCGGGUACAGCGUCAUCACGUACCUCCUGCAGAUCAAGGACCGGCACAACGGCAACAUCCUCGUGGACCGCGACGGGCACCUCAUCCACAUCGACUUUGGGUUCAUGCUCUCCAACUCGCCUGGCGGGAACAUGGGCUUCGAGGCGGCCCCGUUCAAGCUUCCCCUCGAAUACAUCGAGAUCAUGGGCGGGCUCGACAGCCCGGGAUAUGCGUACUUCAAAAAACUGUUCAAGGAGGGCUUUGAGGCCGCGCGCAAACACUCGGACAGCUUGAUCACCAUUGUCGAGCUCAUGCAGAAGGACUCGAAGCUCGACUGCUUCCUCCUCUUCGGCGAGCACACCGUCACGCACUUCCGCGAGCGCUUCGCGCUCGGCCUCACCACCGCUGCCGUCGACGCAUACCUCGAGCGCUUGAUUGUCAGCUCGGCGGGCAGCAACUACACGCGGCUGUACGACACGUUCCAGUACUACUCCCAAGGCGUGUUGUAG